AUGACUUCUCAUUGGCAAGUAUUAGGUGUUACCAGGGACGCUACCCUAACGGAGAUCAGGCAGGCCUACCUUCGUCUGGCGCUACGAUGCCAUCCAGACAAGAACCCCGACGACCCUGAAGCCACCAAGAUAUUCCAAAGGAUACAGUUCUUAGAAGUGCGAGGAAAAGAAAUCCCAAAACUGCGAGAAGAAGAGAUCAAAACAAAAGCCCACUUCCCAAUGCGAACCCCGGGGGACCGUGAACUUAUGGGUUCACUGUUCAAGGAAGUCUUACUCCGGCCCCCAGACUCCGACACCGGGUUUCAUACAGUUUUCCGAAAACUCUUCCAAGAGAUUUCGUACUGGGAGAUGAAAAGCAAAGAAAACACCGAUAACCUGCCACCACCAAGCUUUGGAGGAAGCAACACUACAUUAGAAGAUGUCAAUAAGUUUUAUGAUUAUUGGACGAACUUCUCCACUAAAAUGUAUGUGCAGACAAAUGACCACCAAGAUUGGCUUCUCGUCCCCAAUAAAACUCCAUCAAAACACACCUUAAAAUCUCUUCAACGAGAUCGAAAAAAAUUUAACAUGGAUAUUCGAUGUUUAGUGAAGUUCGUUAAAAAGCAAAACCAACGCUUGGUACAAGAGUGA